AUGUUGGCCCAGAAGAAACCUUCCAAGUCGAUCUUCGCGAAGCCGCCUGUCAAGAUCGUCGUGAGCAGUGAAGAACGCGGUUAUUAUGUCCACCGUGGAACCCUCGAAGCUCACCCCGCAUUCGAUGCCCGACUGAAGGCUUUAACAGACGAUUACGAGGAGGCGAUCGAUUGGAGCGGCUUUGACGAGCAGACUAUUGAUUGCGUAUUAAGCUUCCUUUACACGGGAGGCUAUCAGGCACCUCCAGCGAUCUCUGGGGUAAUUGAAAAAGAGGAGACCGAUGCGGGGGAAGAAGCCCCAGCGCCAGACGGGGAAGAAGGUGAAGAAGAACAACAAGAAGUCGUAGUACAAGAGGCGGAGGCGGAAGUUGAAAAUGAGCCAACGUCACCACCUUCAUGGCCACACUCACCAUCGCCAAUGUUUACUGCCCAUAAAAGGCCACUAUCACCAGUUGCCGAGUCCUCCGUGACCCCAGACUCACCACCAACUCAGGCCAUGUCAGAGAGCGACCUUAAUGACCGACCCCUCACCCCCUUGGAAUACUGCGAUGGGGUCACUCUCGCCGCUGAGCACGCCUCGACGCAAAAGGUCCCAGACCAAGACCCUGAAGAAGAACAAGAACAGGAAACCGAAGAAAACACCGCGGCUGAGAUUUAUCUCCACGCUCAAGUCUACUCCUUUGCGAGUCAACUCGCCUUCGCCAAAUUGGGGCAAUUUUCCCUCAACCGUUUGACCCAGGUCCUUGUGGCCCUGGAGCAAACAGACAAAGUCCUAUUCCCGUACCUGGUGGAUGCAAUUCGACUGAUCUAUAAAACAACCAGCGCUGUUGAUGAUGCGAGGAACUUGCUAUCUCAGUUUGCGGCACUGCAGUACACUACGCUGGUCGGUGAGGAUCUGGACGAACUUAUCACAGAGGGAGGGGAGUUUGUGGUCGAUUUAUCGCAUAAGCUUGCGAGGAAGUUGACAACCAUCGCAAUGGCGUUUGAGAGGAUUGAAUAUCUUACUCAGAAGAAUGAGGAGCUGAAAGCAGAAAAUGCCGAGAAAAAUGAAGAGUUGAAGACUUUGAGAGAGGAGGUUAGGCGUGGGCCAACACAGGGCUUUCCAGCUUUUACAUAUCAGAUAUGA